AUGGCAACAUCCUCAUCAUCUCGGUCAUCUUCGCCUCCAUACGUUCCUCCAUCGUGGUCAGCUUCCCUUCCAUUGCCACAAAUCGCUCAUCAUCGCACUGGUUCUGCUCAACCGCCUUGUCAUCGGCCUUCUUCGGUGCCAUCGCAAACGUCCAGAGCUUCAGAAGAAGAUAUGGGAGAAGUGAUUCCGGUGACGAUGAAGAAAGAAGGCGGAAGUUCCUCGUCCAUUAAGUGUCCGAUGCUCACCUCGAGCAACUACACGGUAUGGGCUAUGAGAAUGAAGAUAACGUUGAAGGUACACAAAGCUUGGGAAGUGAUUGAGACAGAAUCUGCAGAUGGCGAUAAAAACGACUUGGCUACGGCCUUGUUGUUCCAAUCUAUCCCAGAAGCUCUUAUACUUCAAGUAGGAGAUCUUGAUACAGCAAAUAAAGUGUGGGAUGCGAUUAAACUGAGACAUAUGGGAGCCGAAAGAGUAAGAGAGGCACAACUGCAAACAUUAAUGGCUGAGUUUGAUCAGUUGCAGAUGAAAGACUCCGAGAAGAUUGAUGACUUUGCUGGAAAACUCUCUGAGAUUUCAUCAAAAUCUACGGCGCUAGGAGUCAAUAUUGAAGAACCAAAACUCGUCCGAAAGUUCCUUAAGUGUCUCCCAAGAAAGAAGUACAUACAAAUCGUGGCUUCUUUGGAACAAGUGCUAGACCUAAACAAUACAGGUUUUGAAGACAUAAUAGGGCGUUUAAAAGCAUAUGAAGAACGUACUGCCCAGAUCUUCGUCUCAAGCUCCAAGAAACACAAAGUCGAGAAUAAUGAGACGCAGAACGCAGACAAGCUCAUGAUGCACGAGCUGGUCUUCUUGAAUGAGAAGAACGUAGUCCCGGAGAAGUUCGAGACGAAUGCAUGA